ACAGCACUACAAGAUAGUAAUAAUGAAGACGUUCAUUGAACUGAUAUCCUGAUCAUACAUAUGAAUCACCUUGCCACUCAUGCCGAUGAGUCUUUUAGUUCUACAUCUCGAUUUCUUGUUGGGCUAGACCAAUUGUCCUAUCGCCGUCGGUGGUUUUCAUGCCAAGUCGGGUUUAGGGCGAGGUCCAAAGCCAUAAUAACAAUUCGGCGAUGGUUCACGAUGCUACUUGAGUAAGAAAUACAGCCAGUAGCUUAACCCUUUAAAACUUGGAGCUGUGCUCGAAAAUUUUCUUUUUUCGAUGUUACGGUAGAAAUGGUCAUCCGUCGCAUCUUACAUGCCCUAUCGCCGACGGCGAUCCAUCGCGAUGAGGCAAGAAAUCGGCUUUCUGGCAUCGAGGAGGGCGAAGGGGACAAUGUCGCUUACUAUGUGGAAGAGAUGGAAGAGCAGGACCGCCUACUCACAUCUGGCCGUGACAACGUCGAUGUGACAAUAGAAGCAAAAUCAGUUGAUCAACGCCAAUCGCUGUGGCCAGUUGCUGCCUUCACUCUCGCCUGUGUCGGCACCAUUUUCUCUUUGGCAUGGGUAGCACUAUCAUUAGACCUCCGCCGACGACCAGGACCGUCUCCUCUAGAGAUAGCACAUACCAUUCCUCUUCGUCGUCCAGACAAGGACUACGUACUGGAUCCCAACUGGGAUUUCGAAGCGCCGAACCAAGUGCGAAAGUAUGACUGGCUUAUCAUCGACAAAGACGGAGAACCGGAUGGAAUCUCGAAGCCAAUGAUGACUAUAGAGGGCCAGUUUCCUGGACCACUGAUUGAAGUUAAUGAAGGCGACAUUAUCGAGGUCAAUAUCCAUAAUCAUGCUUCCAACGCCACCGCUAUCCACUGGCACGGCAUUUUCCAGAGCGGCACGAACUGGAUGGACGGGGCUGUAGGCGUUACUCAAUGCCCCAUUGCUCCUGGAACUUCGUAUCUUUACAGGUUCAAUGUUACUGGUCAAGCUGGUACCUAUUUUUAUCAUGGCCAUCAGGGCGUCCAGGCCUUGAAUGGACUCGUAGGACCUCUCGUGAUCCACGGCCGGGACGAAGCGACGCAUAAGCCCAUCCUAUAUUCGUCAGACCGCGUGGUCUUACUCCAAGACUGGUACUACGAUUCAGACAGUGGGCUCAUGCGAGACGUGUUAUCUCCGGGCGUCGAGGAUGCGCCGAUACCCAAUACAGCUUUGAUUAACGGUGUGAACCAAGCUGACUGCUCGGAUCAUCCCAACAGACGGUGUUCGGAACUGGAGAGGUCUCUCCCCAAUUUGGAUUUAGUCCCUGGCGAGGGCCAUAGGUUACGAUUCCUGAACGUUGGUGGGUUCGCCUGGUUCCAGGUUGCAGUAGAUGAGCAUGAUUCUCUGCCAAUUAUCGAAGUAGAUGGUACCGCCGUUGAACCCGCAUCCGAGUCUUCGCUAGUAAUUGCCCCAGGACAAAGGUAUAGCAUGAUCUUAACGGCAGAUCAACCCGGAAACGAGGCUUUCUGGCUUCGUGCUAGGAUGAUAAGUGCUUGUUUUGCAAGCCAGAAGCUUCCAGAAAAUGGUAUUGAUGAGGCAAAAGCCAUUAUACGCUAUCAUAGUAAUGUAGGGGGGGAUGAUAACCACGAACACCCUCCCCUGCCAACCACUACUUCCAGCCUACAAUACCUCCCAAUAUGUAAAGACAUGAGUUCCACAACCUCAUUUUCUCCUUUACCAGCACAACCAGCCCCUAUUCAUGCCGACCAUUCAUGGUAUCUACGUGUCAACCUCGCCAUUGGCGACUGGCGGUUACAACGAGGCGUUAUGAACUCAUCCUCGUUCCGACCGGAUCCUACGUCGCCGACCUUACACCGAGUCCUCGAGGGUCUCGCCCAGAACGACGAAUCCUUCGCCAAAAACGGCAUACUUGACGCGGCCUUCGACCCCGCCUCCGAGCUCAUCAUCUCUCACAACGGCGUCGCCGACACCGUCGAUAUCAUCCUGCAGAACAUGGAUGAGAACAGCCAUCCCUUCCACCUCCACGGCCACCAGAUGUGGGUUCUCGGGGCCGGCCACGGCUACUUCCCCGGCUACGAAGCCCUUGGGCUGAACCCCGGGGGCAAGGGGCUGCUCGGCCCUGCGAACUCGACCGUCGUCGACAACCCUUUGAAGCGAGACACGGUUACGGCCGAGGGCUUCGGAUGGGUGCUCCUGCGCUUCGUAGCGGAUAAUCCCGGCGGCUGGCUUUUCCAUUGCCACGUCCUCUGGCACUCGGAAGCCGGCAUGGCGAUGCAGUUCCUCUCCCGCGUAGAUGUCAUGAGGGAAUGGGAACUGCCCCAGGACGCGAAGCGGUUGUGCUCGCUGCCGGAGGCGGAGCUGACGAAAGGCGCCCCGCCUAAGGACGAGGUAUUCUUCGGCUUCAGCAAUGAGGAUGGAGGAUGAAAGAGGUGGAUUGUUUGUUUAUACAUGGACCACUUACGAUACCGAUAUCCCUAUGAGAGUAUAGGCGAUAUAUAAGGCCGCGUUAUAUACCCUGUACACAUGUAUACUAUAUAUUCUAUUGUACAUUGGUUAGUGGCAUUGCCCUGAAGUAUAUAAUGAAAUCGUCUUAUGGAAGAGAUUAUAGUGAAGAAUAUUUAAUUAUACCUAAGGAACAAGUGUCUAGAUCCUAUUAAAGUAUCUUUACGACACGAUAGGAGAAAAUAUUAGAGGGAACAGGGAGUUUUUCCUACAACUAAUUUAUUGUUGCCUUUAUCAAUAGGGGGCGAUGGGGUUCAACAUCUAACUAACAGGUAGACAACUACGACUGCCCCUUAGUUCAACGUCAAGAUAUGGCAUGUAUUUAGGAACUGACAAUAUGUGCUAUGGGGCUAAAGUGAUAUUAUGCCUUGACGGUUCGAUUUCAAAUAUCACUUAGGUACCUUCCUUUGUUAGUAAAUAGUAGGAUAUAGAGAGGCAAAUCAUAAAGUA